UUGGAAUUAACGAAUUGGAAUAAAUCGUGUGACAUUACUUGUUCACAUUAGGUAUCAGUAACAUGGUGUCGUUCUGUAUUCUCGAUAAUUAUAUGUCGAUAACUUUAGUCAUCAGUCUAAACGCGAUUGUGAGUGCAAGUAUACAUCCUGAAUUAAAAUUAAUUAAUGUGGUGUUUAGACACGGCGAUCGAACACCCAGUAAUGACGGAGAUGAAUCGUUUCCGACUGAUCCAUACGUAAAUGAUUCAUUUUUUCCGACAGGUGUCGGUCAAUUAACCAAUCAUGGCAAAAAACGUGAAUAUGAUUUAGGACAAGCUUUGCGGGCUAGAUAUAAAGACUUCCUGGGUGGUCUGUAUUUGCCAAAGCUUGUCGUAGCUCACAGUUCCGAUUAUGAUAGAACAAAGAUGUCCCUGCAGCUCGUUCUGGCUGCUUUGUUUUCGUCUACGGAUCACCGACAACGAUGGAACACUGAUUUAAACUGGCAACCAAUUCCGAUGACAUAUAUAUCACGCAUCGACGACAAUUUUUAUACGGGUUUUAAUUGUCCAAAAUAUCUUGAUGAGUACGAUCGUAUAUUGAAUUUGCCCGAAAUAAAAAAAGGGAUGUCACGAUUUAAAGACAUAAUGAGCAAGUUGACGGAAUUAACGGGUAAGAAAAUCGAGAAACCUUUGGACUUACACUAUUUGUAUCAUACUUUCAUAGCAGAAUCGUCCAUGAAUCUAACCCUUCCCGAAUGGGUGCAUGAUUACUUUCCUGAGCCACUGUUCGAUACAACUGUAUUCGCAUAUAAUAUUAACGGUUUUACUGCUUUAAUAAAAAAGCUCUUAGCUGGCCCGAUGAUUCGCGCCAUACUCAACAAUAUGAUAACUGGAAAAAAUCCAAUCCCAUCGAAUACAAAGCUUUAUUUGUAUAGUGGUCACGAAACUAACAUCGCAGCGAUAUUACACGCAUUUAAAUUGUAUAAACCUCAUGUACCUGAAUACUCUAGUGCGGUUAUUUUAGAAUUAUUGGAGCAAAACAAGCAGAAUUACGUGAAAUUUCUAUAUUAUCGAGGUAUUCCGUCAAUCUUUGACGAGCUUCAGAUCCCAGGUUGUGAAAUGCUUUGUCCUUUCGACAAGUUCUCAUAUCUAAUUCACGAUUUGAUUCCGUCUGACGAAGAUAUAGUUUGCGACAAAAGGCAAACUCCGAAAUAUGCUAACAUGGAAUAUCCAAUCACGUUGGAGAGCAAAACAUAUAAUUUAAUAAAGAAGAACAUCGAUUUAAUAAAAAAAAAACGAAAUAGCAAUAACGCAUAGUGCUAAUUAAAAUGUUAU